UGAGAUGAGAGUGAAUCUCUGUUCAUACAGCGAAUAGUUGAAGUGAAAAUCAUAUAUAAUAACACAACACAAUAACACAAUGUGACCUGUAACGUUGUUAUUAAAUACUCAGACGAUUGUAGGGACGUGAAUAUCAGGAUAGAGUCUUUUUGUUGUUUGUUUUUGCGGUUUCUCGGAUUUUAUUUUACUCCUGGGUUUAAAACAUAAUUAGAAAAUGAUCUGACAGUUUAAACUAAACAUACGCUGACAGAGAAAAAGCUUUAUAUCGAACUGAUAUAGCGAAAUAAUAUUCAGGUUAAAUUGGUUUAAAGUGGAUUAGCUCGGAGCUGCGACUCUUUAAUUAUCGGGACCGUUAUGUCUCAAUAACACCGACACUAACCGACCUCCUCAUCCUGUCAGCCCGGGAGGAGGUAGGAAACAGCGGGGCUUUCACAGGCCUGGGACCCUGGCAGGAGGUAGCCUAGCCUAGCUUAGCCUAGCCUAGCUUAGCCUAGUUUAGCGUAUGUGUGGUGUUUACAUGUUUAAACGUUUUUUCGGAAAGUCUCUGACUGCGAUUAGCAUGAAGCUAAUCGGCUUAAAGUACCAGAAACAUUUAAACCCGCAGCAGAACCGUCAUGUUCCGUUAACGUUCUGAACCGGACCUCUGUUACACAAAGACUGUGUAACGGUAAUCCCGUCCGUUACCGGCGGUGUCCGUGUAACGGCUGUGGCCCUCGCCCAGAAACGAGCCGCUGUCUCUCGGAAACACUGGUUCCAAACUCCAAUGAAAACCUGUCAGAAUUAACUGACAUAGCGCUCAUUCAAAGAAAAUACAGUAGAAAACUAAAAGUUAAACUGGUUCUAAGUUCAAACUGUUCCCCCCUUAAGUUCGGCGUGAUUUGAUGCAGCAGACACGGUUACAUGUCUGAACGUCCUGCCGUCGGUACCGCCGCCCCCAGCGGGCAGCGGGGCGCAGGGCGGCGGGGACAAGGUGUCACAGCGCCGGGGAAAAGAUGGAGCGAUAAAAUCACAGAUGAGACAAUGCCGGCCGUUCUUCUUCACUUCCUGGUUGUUGUGGCCCUCCCGGUUGUCAUGGCGACCACGGAGCCCCUGGAUCCCGUUGGCUGGGAGGCCCUCACCUCCUCUCCGCCCCCGUCCCAGAGUCUGAGUCUCUACCAGACCGACGCCACCGACAGCAGCAGCUACUGCCAGAUGCUGCUGGAGUCCGGGGCCCCCCCAGACCAGAUCCCCUGGUUCUGUCUCUGCACUCAAUGCCAGAACAACCAGGGGCCCAAAGGAAGCCAAGGGCCUCGGGGCCUCCCAGGAACUCCUGGAGGUCCUGGGAGAAGAGGGAUGACGGGGGCCCGGGGCCCUCCAGGCUUUGUGGGCCGGCUUGGAGCCAAAGGACAGAAAGGAGAUGAUGGAGACAAGGGAGACCAGGGCCCCCAGGGGCCAAUGGGACCCAAAGGAGGCCGAGGCUUCAAAGGUGAGAAAGGUGAGCAAGGUCUGGAGGGCCGUCAAGGAGACCAGGGGCCCAAAGGAGACGACGGUGUCUGUCCAGAUAACUGCGAGGCCAGCCAGGGGCCUCCGGGACCAUCCGGCUUGCCGGGCCCUGCAGGAGCCAGAGGUCUGCCCGGGACACCGGGGGUGGUGGGGCACAACGGUCUAAAGGGUGACGUGGGUGAUGUGGGGCACCCUGGGGUCCCUGGACCAGGGGGUGAGAAAGGAGAUCAGGGCCCCCAGGGGGAGUGUAACUGCACAGAUGGACUAGAUGGGAGUCCAGGACAGAGGGGGGACAAAGGAGACAAGGGGGAUGAGGGGAGGAUGGGCCCCGAGGGGCAGACAGGGUUACAUGGGGUGAAGGGGGACAUGGGGGCCAUGGGGAUGAGGGGCCCCCCAGGUCUCUGCAUGCCCUCUAUCCAGUCAGCCUUCGCUGCAGGGUUGACGUCCAGCUUCCCCCCACCCAACGCCCCCGUGGUCUUCUCCCAUGUCCUCUAUAACGUCCAAGGCCACUACGACCCCGGGUCCGGCCUCUACACGGCCCCUGUUAACGGAACCUACGUCUUCAGCUACCACCUCACCGUCUACGACCGGGUCCUCAAGGUCGGCCUCUUCUGGAACUUCAUCCCGGUUGUGAAGACCACCGAGCCCAAGGUUCUGGGGACCACGUCUCAGUCGGUGGUCCUCCACCUGUCCAGGGGGGACAGGGUCUGGGUUCAGGUGAAAGAUGUCCUCACUAAUGGCAUGUACGCCGGCAGCGAGGCCAGCACCACCUUCUCUGGCUUCCUGCUCCACCCAGACACCUGUGAUUUGGUUUUACUCAGGGCCCCCAUUCCCCCCAUGAAAACCCCUGAUGGAGGAUACACCUGGGGCAGCACACCCGAGUCCACCUCCCCCCCCCCUCCAGGAGGGUCCCCCUAGCUCCACCGGGAGGAGGGGCCACAUAACUUAUAGUAGUUGACAUGUUAGAUUAGAUCCGCCCUGGAACCAGACCGAGGUCCCAGUCCUCCAACUGGACUCAAACUUUUCUCAGACCAGUUCAGUCCUAACAUCCAGAUCCUACAUCAGAUUGGUCCGGUUCACACCUGGACUCUAGAGACCAGAUCAGGGUUCACACCUGGACUCUAGCAUGGACUCUAGAGACCUGAACCAGGUAUUGAUGUUUAGUUUGAACUGGUUUGACGAAACAGAGACAUAGAACCAGAGCCAGAUCGUCCUAAACACAGAGAUCCCCCAAAACACAGAGGACGUCUUCGUCUACACAGAGGACAAGAGGACAAUGAGUGUAAACCUGUUUGCAUGUUUGUGUUUGUUUAGUAAAUGAGGUCCUGGAGGAUCCGGGGUGGAUCCUCCAGGACUGUAAUAACAUCCUGUGGUGUUGGUCCCAGUGUCUUUUCUUUGUGUCCUCUUAUAGUUUUUGUCUUUAUGCUCGUCUCUUGUCUCCCAUUUCGUCCCCGUCUUUGUCUCUAAACUGGUUUAACUGCCACAGUCAUCUGAGGAUCUGGACCCUGACACAGCAAAGACCAUGUGCUCCAUUCUCAACAAUAGAACAAAGACACCGGGGACAACAUCAGAGACAACAUCAGAGGAUCUGGAGGACCUGGUUUUAUGGAUCUACGUCUCCCUAAAGUCAGACCUGAACGUCCUGGUUUCUGUUUCUUCAUUGUAACAGAUGAAAAAUAAAAUGAUUAAAACAAA